AUGAAAGCCCUACAUGUGUUUCCUAUAGCUGCAUAUAAACAAGCUAAUGGAAUAAAGAUUGAUAAUAUAAGAGUGCUUGUCGAUGUUGAACGAGGUAGAACAGUUUCAAACUGGAAACCUCGUCGACUUGGUAGGGGUCUAGGAACAACCAGGAUUGGAGGUGAAGAUGUAAAUAAAAAACAAUUGGGGAGGGAAAAAUUCCGUGAAAAGGGAAGAGAUAGAGAGGGUGAUAGGGAGAAAUCUCGUGAGCGAUCUUAUGAGAAGCCAACGGAUCGUGAUGAACCGGAGGAUGAAGUGGAGGGAUUGCCAACCAAAAGAGGUGGAGGUCGCAGCGGUGAUCGUGGUGGUGGAAGUGGUGGAAGUGGUCGUAGUGGCCGUUCUCUCCCUCCUUUUCAUAACCUUCUGAACGGUGAAGGAUUCAGUGGUGAAGGAUUCACCUACCCAAUCGUGAAAAGGGAGUAUCAAUAA